AUGGCGACAUCAGCAGAUAUCCCCCUGCUCAUCACAUCGGAGAACGCGUCCUCCGAAAGACGUAUAUCGCCAUCGUGGAGCGUAGCACACCUCAAAGGACGUCUCGAACCCAUCACAGGCAUACCGGCCACCUGCCAACGGAUCAGCUUGAAGGUCGGGUCUCAGACGCCUCAGAAUAUUGAAGCAGUCGACGAGGAGGCGACACAACUCGCGCAAUGGCCUCUGCAGGCUUAUGCUGAGCUCACUAUCUCCGACACCCGCCCCCCCUCCCACCGCACAAACUACACCGACCCCUCCUCGGUCCCCAAAUAUACCAUGCCCACCCCGACCUACGAAUCCCUCCCUAACUCCGUCCUCGCCUACAAAAAAGCCAACCAAGUCGGCCGUUUCGACCCUGCCGCCCCUUCUCUCGAACAACAAAAAAUCGCCAAUACCUUCCGUGAAGUAUCCGAACGGCACAUCACCCCCGGAAAGCGGUGUAAAUUACUUCCCGAGGAGGAUUCGAGGAGGGGCACGGUGAGGUUCGUCGGUGAGGUGGAGGAGAUCCCGGGGGUUGGGGCGUGGGUGGGUGUGGAGCUUGAUGAGCCGACGGGGAAGAAUGAUGGGUCUGUGAAGGGGAGGCGGUUGUUUGAGUGUAAGGCUAAUUAUGGGGUCUUGGUGCGGGCGGAGAGGGUGGAGGUGGGGGAGUUUGGGGUGUUGGAUGAGUUGGCUGAUGAGGGAGACGAAGAGUUCUAA